UAAACCGGUUCUAGUAGAGGAGCAGAACCUGUUUUAAUUCUUGAUCGCAAAAUCUACUAAAUUACGCAAAUAUCUUUAUUGGAGAUUCAUUGGAAACGAUAAAAAGGUGUCAGAAGUGCGUUUAAAGUCUUAAACCAUUAUGUAACGACAACUUUGUGAACGUUUUUCACCGGUACGCAAGUCAGGCACUAAUCUGCAAAAUAGAUAGCACUUGUCGGCGUUCCCUGAGUAAUUGAUGCGGUGAUUCGCGCGGCUUCUCUUGUUAUCCCUGCUCGCGGCUGCGGCGGCUGCGGAAGACAUGGCGGCUGACAGCGAGGCCCCCGGCGCGGGGACCCGAGGACACAACUUUAAGGUGGUGCUGCUUGGCGAGGGCUGCGUAGGCAAGACGUCCCUUGUGAUGCGCUACGUCGAGGACGUGUUCAAUUCGAAGCACGUGACCACGCUGCAAGCGUCCUUCCUAAACAAGAAAAUCAGUCUCGGAGGACGUCGAGUCAAUCUGUCCAUCUGGGACACCGCCGGACAAGAGCGCUUCCACGCCCUCGGGCCCAUCUACUACCGAGCGUCCAACGGCGCCAUCCUUGUAUACGACAUCACCGAUCAGGACUCGUUCGAAAAAGCGAAAAAUUGGGUGAAGGAGUUGAGAAAAAUGCUUGGUGCUGACAUCUGCCUCACCAUUGUUGGUAACAAGAUCGACCUCCAGAAGGACCAAACGGUGGAUACGCAAGUUGCUGAAGAGUAUGCAGAGUCAGUGAAUGCACGCCACUGCUACACUUCUGCAAAACUGAACCAAGGAAUCGAGGAGAUGUUUCUGGACCUGUCAAAGCGGAUGCUGGAAAAGGCGCAGCGCGACACAGAACAGCGGUUGGCCUCUGAAUUUGGCAGCUCGAGGCGCAACGUGGUGGUUGUCGAGGAUGGUGAGGAGGCGCAGGAAACAUUGGGGCGCUCCUCAUGCUGCUGACUUUCUUUAUUAAUCGAGCUGUGAAACUUUCAAUGUUUAAAAAUUAUUCGUAAUGCCUGCUUUCAACGAUGUCAGAGACUUUGGUAGAUAAUUAUGUAAAAAAAACAUACACACGGGACUUGUGCUACGUUUGAAAGGUUACCUUUGCAAAUCGUUUAUUCAUAAUAAUUGUUGCCUUUAAUUUUUAAAUUUAAUUCGACUAUGUGAUCUAAUUAAGAGGAUCAGUGAUGAGUAAUCAACUUCUAUUUUUGCCUAUGGAUUAUAUUGUAUUAUCGCUGUUGAGCUAGGUGCUAUGCAUUCAUUAAUCAUUCAUAACUAUAAAAUAUACAUACAUAAUAACUAAAAUAAAGUUAAGGUCAACAAACAAAACGCAUCUCAAACCCAUUUCCCAGAUAUGCUCUAAAUAUUUUGUUGCAAGAAUGUCUAUUUGGAUAAAGAAUAUUGAUUUUAAAUAUCAUUGAAGUAUUCAAAAACUAUUUUUAAAAAGCUGUAUCAUGAACCCAGGUGUGUUUUCAGGUGUUAACUUCAAAGAAUGUAAAAAUUGCAGUACUAAAAUUCAAUGUUAUUUUAGAAUCGGAGAUAUCAAAAAACUUUUAUAACGAAUUGAAAAUCCAAUGAUUUAUUGGUAAGAAACGAUCUUUGAGUUGCAGAAUCGACACAGUAACAAUAUUACAUCAUGAAAGGCACUUUUCAAAAUAAAUAAAAGUAUAGUUGACAGUCUUG